GAUGUCUGUUCUUCAGUGCUUUCGUUGGAUUUCGAGUUUCCUGACUACAAGAGAAAACACUCAAAAAGGCGCCAUGCAAGUCCCAGUAGUAUUAACCCUUUUAAUUGUCUGUCUUCUACAUUUAACCAAUGGACAAUGGUGGGGAAGCGACUCCUUUGAAAGGUCCGACGAUUAUGACGAUUAUUCCCCAUGGGCGAUUGGUAGAGGAAGGGGACAUUUCGGAGGAAUGCGGCGACGAUUUAACCGCUGGGGAAGCGACGAAGAUGAUUUUGAUGAUGAUGACUGGAACAUAUACAGACACAGAUUUGCCUCCAGAGGAUUCAAUCGAAUGGCGCCUCGUGCAGCUCCACGAAGAAAUACUUGGGGUAGCCAAUCCAGCUUCCGGACCACACAGGGGGCGUGGCCAGCAACUAAUCAAAGACAGUCUCGGCGGACAUGGUCGUCACCAAAUUCGUUGUCUGCAUCCACAACAAAAUAAAAUUACUGUGCCAGAAUAUGGAUGAUGAGGGAUUACGACACCCCAGACUUCUUUGACUUCUUCGGCUAAAUGACGUCACAUCCGCCCUCUAUGACUCCAAGUCGCCCACAGCACCCCAUGUGAAUUCCGGCAUUAAAUGCCGCCAAUUUGUUGUCUCGUUGCCUGUUAUAACUGUUUUGUCCUUUUUCACUUUAUUUUCCAAUGAAGUGUGUCAUGUGACUUGUUAUCUGCUAUUAAAUAAUUUAUACUGUA